AUGAAAUGUAUCUUACAGUAUUUCUCAACAUUGCAAGGAAGUUUUGUCAACCUGUUUGUUUUACUUACUACCGCAAACUUUCCUGACAUCAUGAUGCCAGCUUAUGCUGCUUCCCGCUGGUCAGCUAUAUUCUUCAUUGUAUUUCUGAUCAUUCACCUGUACUUCAUCAUGAACAUGACAUUGGCUGUUGUAUAUGAAACAUUUACUUGGAUUGAAAAAGACAAGUUUCGGAAGCUGUUACUACACAGAAGAAAAGCUUGUCAGCAUGCUUUCCAUCUCUUAGUUAAUCGAGCUCAUCCUACACGGAUCAGUUUCAGACACUUUGAAGGCCUCAUGCGACAUUUAAAACCUAAGACUUGCAGGAGAGACAUCUAUUUAAUGUUCAAAACAUUGGAUUCAAGCAAAACAGGAUACCUAACCUUGGAUGAGUUUUACCAAGUGUAUGAGGUUGAAGCCCUUAAUUGGAAGGCUCAGAAAAAUGAAACUCCAUGGUUUAGUGAAUCCUGUAGUCCAUUUUUGGAGAUUUUCUCUUCAAUUCAUCAGCUUGUUGUUUCCAAAUGGUUCAACUACCUCAUUAUUGUGGUGAUUAUAGCUAAUGGAAUCUGGCAAAUUAUAGAAGCAGCUGAGAUAUCAGUUACACAUCACAUCAAGAGUACUGGAACAGCUGGAUCUUGGGUUGCUGUUGGAUUCAUAGUUGGGUACAUUAGUAAACAGGCUGCUGAUGUCAAAAGAGCACAAAAACGAUUGUUUAGGGUCAAGGCUAAGGCUCUGUAUGGUUGUAGCAAAACAAAAGGUGUCUUGAAUACAGUUUUCCGAAAAUACCUUUAUCAUUUAUGGUGUCUUACAGUUACGUUGUUUGAAUUGAUGGUAGUCAAUAACUGGUUCAUCAUCAUGGAUGGUUAUGCUAAUGUCGCUACAGAAUGGAGUCGAAUAUAUUUCAUGCUGUUUUAUGUGGUUACAAUGGUGGUGAUAAAUAUCAUCAUCGCUUUUAUUCUUGAGGCUUUCUUGUUUAGGAUUCAGUAUAAACAGAAGAUGGGAGACAUGGACAAGGACAGCUUGGUUCGAGUAGAUGUGUCUUUGACGCAAGCAGAGGUAAACUUCUGCAACAGCCAGUCCAAUCUCUCUGUCUCCUUGCUUACACAUGCUACUCACAACCUUAAUGAACAACGUAUACUCUUCAGAGGAACUCGUACUCGCACUAAGUUUUCUUUUAGUCUUAAAAUGUAUGCUGAUGAAGUAAAGUGUUGGCUUCAACAAGUUGAAAAUGAAGAGAGGGAACAGAGGGAAGAAUUACUGAGGAGGAUACAGGAUCAAGCUCAUUCACGGCAGCAAACCAGUACUUCUAGAGAUCGCUCAUGUCGAUCAUUUAGUAUGUAGGAAAUCUUUAACUGUGAUGUAUAAACCUAUAUGUAAAGUGUAUAUAAUGUUUAAUAGGAAAAAGAUGUGCAGGUAUUCAAACUUAAAUGGCAUGAAUUUUAAUAGUAAGAAGUAUUGUUGACAGCCAUUAUAUUCUUGUAUAAUCUUUCUUAGGUUUCCAAAAACAGUAAAAUUUGUAGAUUGAACUGAUAUUAACAGGGUACUUAUAUCUGCAAAUACUUAUUAUUAAGUCUUGUCACCACAGUGACUCAUUUUUUGUAUCUUUUUGUUGGUAAUCAUUUUUAUACAUGGUUCAUUUUUAGAAAACAUUGGACCUGCUAAAGUAUAAGUUUAAAAAAUCAUACAAGCAAUUGUAAUUUGUUUCAUUUCACUGGUUGUGAUUUGUAUAUUAGGUUUUAUUUAUUUUAACCUUUUGCAUAUUGGCAGACUUUUUACUUCCUAAAGUCAUCACUUCAUGACAACUCUACCUGUUUUAGUUUUAAUCAGAAUUGGACGAUAUUUAUUAGAAAAGAAUCAUCACUGUAUAUUAUUUCCAUUGAGACAUAAAAUGCAUUGGAACAUUAUUACCUCAUGAUGUAAAGAGAAGCACCCCUACAGUAACUAAAGGAAGUGUUUCAGUAUGAUAAUAUACUAAAUUUUGGCCCUUUUAAUUAUUGUCUCAGUCAAUAUUACAAUAUCUGAACAAUACAUUUCUAAAACAACAAAUUCCAGACCACUUUGAAUAAACUCACCCAAUUACAAAAUAAAAUUAUUUUUCUCAACAGUAUUAGUUAUGAUUUUCUGCUCCACCAAGUUUCAGAAUAUGGUUAUUUUGAAGAAUAUUUGGUUUUUAUCUUAUAGGUCCUUUCAUGUUUUAAGAUGUAUUCAGGGAUGUUGCAGUUUCAUGUUAAGGUUGACAAACUAACCUAUAAUAAUAGAAAUAAACCCAAAGAAAUGAAAAUUUUAAUACUUGUAAGAUGGCAUAGACAUUGAUGUAAAUGUAAUACAUAAUUUCACAAAUAGUAAAUUGUUGCUCAGUUCUAAGUAAUAUAUCAAAAGGUUUCACCUAAAACUGAUAAAAAAGAUAACUCAAAUUAUUAUAUUUAUUCAUACAAUUCAAGACACAGAAUCCAGUAGUAUCUGUAGAGCUUUACAGUAUUUCUAAACAAGUUUCUAUCUUUUAUAGAACUAACCACAUAUUGAACUGAUAGAAAAAAUAAAAAUGCGUGUAUAGAGGUUUAAUGGAGAUCAUAUAAAAUUAAAUUAAUACAAUCUCAUGAUACUCAGAAUUUUGGGUAAAGAGUCACACUACAACUCACUCCUGUUGUUUUCUCUAUUGACUAGUUUUACAUCAGAACAAGAAAUGAUGAAAAAAUUUCAAUGGCAUUAUAGGUUGUCCAUAGAUAUUCAUUAAGCACAUUUAAUUGGUUCUUAUGUAUCAAGUCAUUUUAGAUAUAUGCUCCUAUUUUUCAUUUGAUCCAGUGAAUGAAUGUAGAAGCUGGUCACAAAUCUCAAACUCAUUGUUUGAAUUCUUUGAAUAUUGGUUAAAAGUUUUUUAAGUGUCUUUUAUAUAUGAUAACAGGACUAGUUUUCUUAAUAUAUUUUUUUUAUAAUAUAUAAUAUGCAAAAAUAUUGAUCUUGUUCUUGUAAUAGAGAAAUAAACAAUUUGACAUUGCACUUUAGCUGGUUUAUUGGGCAAAGGGAUAAAUAAUACCUGAUAAUGAUACCAUUAUUCAAAGAAUAACACUGAGUUGUUUGAACUAUGAGAUAUGCAAUAUUUUUAUAGGUUAAUUGAUUUGUAUAAAGAAGCUUUAGUAGAGGACACUUUAAGAAAAUGAUUGUUAUUGUGCUUGUGGUAGAAUUGAUAUACUGGAUAAUUUUCAUGUAUUGACAUUUUAAUAGCUUAUUAUAAGGAUAAAAUUCAAAUCUUUAUAUGUGCAUUCUUGAAACUAAUAAAUUAUGUAUUGGAUGAAUCAUUUAUGAAGAAAUACUUGGCUUGUUAGAUUUCUUAUGUUUAUAUGUGUAUGGAUGUUUAUACAUAUAUAGAAAAUAAAUAUCUAAAUAAUAUGUGCAUUUUAAACAAGAAAUACUUACAGUUGUGGACUCCAACAAGAAGAAAAAGAUAGUUUUAGACUUAUUAACUGAACAUAAUACCUCACAGCUCUGUGUGUGUGUAACCAAAGGUUGAAGUAUAUCUAUAAAAAGUGAUAUAUGUAAUAUUAUGUUGUGAUGCAAGUUCAUAGAUCAGUGAAAUACUGUCUCUCUUCACUUAAAUUAUUGGCCUUAUUGUUAAUUUAAAGAAUUAUUUUUACAUUUUUAGUGUAAUAACAGAAUGGGAUAAUGAACACAGAUUUAUUUAUGGCUGUAAAAAUGCCCAGUGAUUGAAAUACUUAAUUGAAAGAAAUGCUUUUAAGACAAAGUAUUGGGCAUAAUAUUUGAUGUGGUUUGGCUCAUUUAAUCAAUUUGUAAUGUCUUUAUUAUGUGAUACAGAAAAAAUCAUUUCUAUACACAUUAACUUCAAGUAAAGUUAUUACUACUACUCCUUAAUGUUAGUAUGUUUUAAUUGAAUUUGUAUUUUCUCUGUGGAAAAUAUGUAUAGACUAUAGAAAAUUAUAGUAUUUUUUUUUAUUAAGUAAUUGACAUGUUAAAUCAUUUUUACUGAGAGUAAUUAAAAAUCAUGUUUGUAUUAACAAUAUAAAGUACAUCAUAGUUAACAAUUUUGUUUAUCAUAUCAAAAAGGAUUUUGGAAUGUAACUAUGUAAAUAACUGUUUUUACUGUAGCAAACUAAUUGUUGUAGUGUUUUUCUUUGGUUUUUCCUUCAUUUAUAAGAGAUUUAUGGAACUAGUCAUGCACUAAAUUUAGUUAAUCAUCUUUCUCUUGCUUAAUUAUUGGAUAAAUAUCAUGUAAAACUUUUGCUUUGUGUUUAAAAAUGUGUUGGUAAAAUUAAUUUGUUCUUGGAAUGCACCAGGUAAAUGAACUUUCAAAAUAAUUUUGAAUUAGAACCUUCUCAAAACAAUUUCAGUACUGAAAGAGAGAGAAUUCUGUGUAUGUGUAAUAAGUCGAUUUGUAUUAAGUAAAUGUCAUUUAUUACUUAACAACUUGAAGACAUUCAUAUUUAUUUUUAAGUCUAUAUCUCUUUUUCUUAA